GCACUAUGCUGGGCCCAUGUUUAGCAGUCAGCUUGGUCACAUGAGGUUGUGAGCAGCUAUUAGCCUAGAUUCUCCUGCCAGACUGAACCCAUCUAUUUAUUAAUCUGAAGUUUCACAGCAUAACAACUGGGCAGUUUGGAGGAGGCACAGAUGAGGACCCUGCUGUGACCUUGAGCCUCCGGUAGUCCUGGUACCAGCACCGACACCAGUACUGCAGCAUGGCCCAUCCAAUGAAUGUGUUGGAGCAUCUAUACCUGCUUGAGUCCCCAGACCUGCAACAGCUGGAUGAAAUCCACAGGCUUAUAAGAGAUCACCUAAAUUCAGGUACAGAUCGCUCUAAUGUCCUUGUGAACAAUCUGGUGGAUCAUUACCUGGAAACUAAUUCUGAACAAGCAAUGCUCGUCCUAUCUAUGGUACCAGAGCCUCAUGACAAGCACCUGUUGGACAAGAUAAAUGAGUAUCUAGGUAAAGCAGCUACCCGCCUUACAACCUUGACGCUACUGGGCCAUGUAAUUCGUCGUCAGCCAUCUUGGAAGCACAAGUUGUCACAAGCACCCGUCCUGCAGUCCCUCUUAAAGUGUCUUAAGACAGACACAGAUGUUGUCGUUCUCACCACUGGCGUCCUAGUGUUAAUUACCAUGCUGCCAAUGAUCCCACAGUCCGGAAAACAGUAUCUGCACGAGUUCUUCGACAUAUUUGGCCGCCUGUCAGCCUGGUGCUUGAAGAACCCAGGUCACGUAGCAGAGACUUGCCUCGUCCAUCUCCAUGCCAGUGUGUACGCCCUCUUCCACCGCCUCUAUGGGAUGUAUCCGUGUAACUUUGUUUCCUUCCUGCGCUCUCAUUAUAGCAUGAAGGAGAACCUGGAGACCUUUGAAGAGAUAGUAAAGCCAAUGAUGGAACAUGUGCGAAUCCAUCCGGAGCUGGUUACUGGUUCCAAAGAUCAUGAACUAGACCCAAGCAGGUGGAAGAGGUUGGAAACUCAUGACAUUGUUGUCGAAUGUGCCAAAAUCUCUCUGGACCCUAAUGAAGCCUCCUAUGAAGAAGGAUAUUCUCCCCUUUCUACCCGCCUCCGGCAAAGGCAACAGGACACUGCUCCUAGCCCUUUCGCUGAGAUCUGUAGCAACUAUGGAAGCAACGCCUCCACGCCCUUUUCCACUCCUAGACAGUGUGCCCAGGGGCCUAUUCUGCACUAUAUCGGUGUCCAGACUCUCUUUGUGCAGGCAGAGAUACCGCAGGACUCUAUAUGGAGCCCUUCCACCAUGUGUGGAAUGACCACGCCGCCCAACUCCCCAGCCAGUGCACAGGCGGAGUUCUCCUUCCUGCCGGCUUCCCGACCUCCUAGCAAAGCUCUCAGCACACCUGGGAGUAAAGGAACUCCAAUGGGAACACCAGCAACCUCCCCUCCUCCAACUGUCUGCUCUGAUGAACCCUUGCUCCCGUCACAUAUCCCAUCCACCACAACGCCCCCCAGAAAGAAUGAAUUCUCUAAUCAGGAAAAGCUCAAGCAUCAGCUAAGCAAGGGAGAAAAGGGCUCAGAUGACUCUCCCAAAAUUGUGAAGACUGUGUCUCUGAGUGAGCUUCCUGCAGUCAUAGGAGUAUUAGCAGCUGACCCCAACAGCACGGAGGAAGCUGCUAUUUCGCAAGAGCUAUCACAGAUUGCGUCUGACCACGAGCACGCUGUGCGGCGCGGAGGCUUUGACUCACCAUUCUGUCCUCGGUGUGACAGCCAGCCCACCUCUCAGAAAAAGGUUUCUUCUUGUAAUGUGACCCAAAGUUUUGAUACCCCCACCACUGACAAGCUCCGCUUGAAUGGGUCACAGGACUCUUCUAAACAAGCAUUCACCCCCAUUGAGCCACCCAAUGGCAAGGAGAAUGUCGACUCAGGGAAGCCACAGACUAUUAACUCUUUGCCUAAUGACCGAAACAUCCUCACCCCAAGCCCUUGCAAAACUCAGGCCCACUGCAGAUCCUGCUUCAACUCUGCCCCUUAUGAGCACCUUUUCGAGCUGGCUUUGCCUAAAACAGCAAGCCUAUUCAUCUCCAAAAAGUCUGAGGAGUUGUACAAAAAAUUCAAAGGGAGCAGCGAAGAAACAGAAGAAAACAGCACGUCCGUGUCUCCUGCAGAGGUGCUUGACCGGCUCAUACAGCUAGGUGCUGAUGCCCACACCAAAGAGCUGAACAAGUUGCCUUUACCCAGCAAAUCGGCUGAUUGGACUCACUUUGGAGGUACGCCUCCAACUGAUGAGAUCCACACACUGCGAAACCAGUUGGUGCUUUUACACAACCAGCUUUUGUAUGAGCGAUUCAAAAGGCAACAACAUGCGCAGCGCAACAGGGGUCUUCUGCGCAAGGUUAUCAAGGUGACGACCCUCGAGGAACAGAAUGCUGCUAUGAAAGCCCUGUUAAAGAUGCAAGAGGUGGACAUCCAGUCCAUGAAACAAAGCCUUGUUCAGGAGCAAGCACGGUACAAGAGGCUACAGGAAGAGAAGGACACAGUGGUGACCCAGCUUCAUAGCCAGAUCAGGCAGCUCCAGCAGGACCGGGAGGAGUUCUACAACCAGAGCCAGGAGUUACAGACAAAGUUGGAGGAUUGUCGAAGCAUGAUAGCUGAUCUGCGGUCAGAGGUGAAGCAAGCAAACAACAAAGUGUGCAACACUGAGCUCCGACUCAGCCAGGUGUCUCAGAAGCUGUCAAACAGUGAGUCUGUGCAGCACCAGAUGGAGUUCCUAAACCGGCAGCUCCUGAUUCUUGGAGAGGUGAAUGAGCUGUAUGUUGAGCAGCUGCAGCACAAAAACACCAACGCUGAUAAGGAAGUUGAGAUGCUGAAGGCCUCGUUUAGGAAGGAACUGGAGAAAGCUCGCUGGACAGUUGCUCAGCAAACUCAAAGGUUGGAGAGCAUUCAGAAACGAAUAGCGGAGCUAGAGGCCCAGCUGGCCAAAAAGGAGCAACUCUGCCAGGAUCAGAAGAAAUUUUUGGAAGAUGUUAAAGUGAAGAACAGAGGACUGCUCCAAGCCGCCGAGAGCAAGUAUAACGCCCAGAAGAGGAUAAGCCAGGUUUUUGAGGUGGAGAUCCUAAGUCUGUACAGUAAGCUGGAGAGAGAAGGUCUGUUCAAAAAGCAGGAAGAGAAAGCCGAAACAGCAGAGGUUGCGGAGGAAAGGUUUGGCAUCGACAACACCAGUGUUUCUAGUCCUGAUGACUCCAUCAAUGAAGAUGGCGACUGCAGCAGUGGCAAAAAGGGCUUUGUGCACAGCAGCUCCCUCAGCAGUCGGAGCGGUGGUAGUAGCACCUUGUCAACCCCAGAGAAAGGAGUGAACUUGCCUCUCAGCCGCAGGGAGAUAUUGGAGUUGCCUUCAAGCGGCCACCUGACUAUUGGCUCGUACCCAAACGCUAAGAGUUUUCUCGGCAUCCGGGCCCGUGAGCUGUUUCGCAACAAGAGUGAGAGCCAUUGUGACGAGGAAGGAAUCAGUAGCCUCUCAGAGAUCCUGAAAACUGAGCUCUGUCAGGGACCAGGGUCCGAGGCUGCAGCUGGAAGCUCGUCCGCUAGUAAUGCAGGAACUCAGUGUGUGCGGGAUUUUCAAAUCAUGGACUAUGAUGAGACACACAAUGACCACAGUUAGGAGAUAAGCAAUCAGUGUUACCUUGCUCCUGGCUUCAAUCCUUGGUGUCUGAACUUUCAUUCUCGCUACUUCUGCAGUGCAACAGUAGCGGGCCACCGGAACUGGAAGGGAUGGAAGAAUCUCUCUAUGCCACAACCUGCUUUGGUUUUUUUUCCUCCCCCUCAUCUCCGCUACACCACCUCUCCCCUCCCGUCUGCCCACCAUCACCACACUCUCAACCACCACCAUUUCCCCCUUCUCACCAUGAACAUUUGAUUUGGGACCUGCGAUUGCGUGAAAGAAGCAACUAAUUAUAAUCUGUAGACACCAGAUUUGGGCACAUAGCUUUCUUGUGGACAUUCAAAUACAGGCUUGAACAUUUGCCAUUUGUUUUUCUAUUGGUUCAUGAUCUCCUUUUAAUUGCUGUUCUUGCUCGCUGGGCUGGGAAAGAUCAGUGGUAAUGGCUUAGUUUAGGCAAAUUGUCACUUUUUUUCUUUUGGUGGGGGGCCUUUAUAUAAAGAUGGCCUGACAAUUUAAUAACUGGAAAUAACUUUAUUUUGGCAGAACAACACCAGUCCAUCCUACCCCUUCUGCAAUUUAGGAUGUAUCACCCGUGUCUUCCCCAUGAUGCUGGUAUAUGGCUGCUACUCACUCCACUAUAUUGCUUAGUAGAAGUUGCCUUAAAACGUAAAUACUAGUUGGAUGCCAAAACUACACUAGGGACCAACCUUUUUCUUGGGAGGGGGGGCUGGUUUUCACAGUGGUGUCCAUAUACCCGUCCACAUUGCCCUACAUCCAUUUACGUUGCAGCAAGCUACACUUGCAUUUGGUUCCUUCAUCAUUUCAUUCAGCAGUGUAUUGGGAAUGUUCCACUGGUAAGUCGGCUGUUUCAUGUAGAGGAACCGGCUCAGUGGCAGCCAGUCUGAAUCGAAGACUUGGUCUUCAAUACUAGAAUUGUUUUGCACUUUGAUUAAACCCUCCAAGAUUGAAACGCUACACAUGAUGUGUACCUUGCACAGCUUCUUUAGACCAUAACAACGCAUGUUGACUUUGAGGGGCAUCAGACGUUUGUUAAUGUUCUACCCGAAUUCUCCCCCCUUAGAGUUAAUUUCUGGUGUUAAUGAUGAUUUUUCAUAGCCGUAUUACCACCAACAUCACACUGAGGGAAAUUUGUUUUUCUUUAAGUUUGACAUUACUCCAGAUAUAUAUAUUUUUUAAAUAAAGCAACUUUAUAAACACUUUGAUAGGAUAACAUGCUCUGCUGGACAUGUUUACUGAUUUUUGGUACUAUACUAUUAUCUCUGCAUUGCAGUUUAUGUGUAGUAAGUGUGUCCUAGUUACAGUUUCAGGGUCUAUUUUGAGAAAUACAACAGCUCUCGGAUCACAUUUUAUUUUGCAGGAAAUCUGAAGGAGGACAUACUAAAAUCGCCACACACUUUUAGACCCCUCAUUAAAGUAUUUGUAUUACAGAGAUUUGCAGCGUGAUGUGUAGCAGAUCUGGGAAGAGCAGUCACUGACAUGCAGAGAUCUUCAAAUCUUGCAUUUAAUCCGUUCACUUCAUGUUUCCAUUUAUGAUUUGGAACAAUUUAAGGCACUGGAAUAAGGCUAUAUCUGAUCUACGCACAUUCUUCAUUAUCUUUACCCUCCCUACAACUCCCCACCCACACCCAUCCCACCUUCCCACCAAACUCCUUAACACUUUUAAAUGAAUUGUUAUUCCAUGUGUGAGUAUACUGGUCAAUGCACACAAUGACAGCCCUAUUCAGCCUGUGCCUCAUUGAUGUAACUAGUUUCUAUUGAGCGGAUAGGUAGCCCUCUCCCGGAUUGUGGUUGGUAUAGGUGACCAUCUCCCGGAUUAUGGUUGGGAUAGUUAGCCCUUUCCCAGAUUGUGGUUGGUAUAGGUGACCAUUUCCCGGAUUCUGGUUGGGAUAGGUGGCCCUCUCCUGGAUUGUAGUUGGGAUAGGUGGCCCUCUCCCGGAUUGUGGUUGGUAUAGGUGACCAUCUCCAGGAUUCUGGUUGGGAUAGGUGGCCCUCUCCUGGAUUGUAGUUGGGAUAGGUGGUCCUCUCCCGCAUUGUGGUUGGCAUAGGUAGCCGUCUCCCAGAUUGUGGCUGGGAUAGGUAGCCGUCUCCCGGAUUGUAGUUGGGAUAGCUGGCCCUCUCUCGGAUUGUGAUUGGCAUAGGUGGCCCUUUCCCGGAUUGUGGUCGGGAUAGGUAUCCCUCUCGCGGAUUGCAUUUGAGCCCAGGUUGUCUGCUUACGCUGUGUGAAGAUGGCUAGUAUACUUUCACAUGGUAUAACAUGACAGUAACCGGAGCAGCUGAUGACCUGAAAUCUAUUUUCUGCCAAGUUUUAAUUCCCUCUAUUCAUGUCUAGUUCUUGCCACUCUCUAUGUUAUUGUCCAGCAGUGACAUUUCACAUGAAAGCCACAUUACUGCCAGCGGCUGGGCAGGCUGUAGACACAGAUCGUUUGACCGGAGCAGUCUACACUAGGAUGUCCAGAAAUGUUUAAGACUAUUUGCUUGUGUUUAACUGUGAACAAAUAAACCAGAUUGUUUUGCACUAUCA